GAGUGGGACUCCAGAGCGGAGAGCCGGAGGCUGCGCCUUCCCUCACCGGGACCUUCGCGACACACCGGCUCCUCGCCCUGCCCGGCCGGCCUGAGCUCCCAAGAUGACCACUACCCUCGUAUCCGCCGCCAUUUUCGACUUGAGCGAAGUUUUAUGCAAGGGUAACAAGAUGCUCAACUAUAGUACUCCCAGUGCUGGGGGCUGCCUGCUGGACAGGAAGGCGGUGGGCACCCCUGCUGGCGGGGGCUUCCCUCGGAGGCACUCCGUCACCCUGCCCAGCUCCAAGUUCCACCAGAACCAGCUCCUCAGCAGCCUCAAGGGGGAGCCGGCCCCCUCCCUGAGCUCGCGGGACAGCCGCUUCCGUGACCGCUCUUUCUCGGAGGGGGGCGAGCGGCUGCUGCCCACCCAGAAGCAGCCGGGCAGCGGCCAGGUCAACUCGAGCCGCUACAAGACAGAGCUGUGCCGCCCCUUCGAGGAGAACGGCGCCUGUAAGUACGGGGACAAGUGCCAGUUCGCGCACGGCAUCCACGAGCUCCGCAGCCUGACCCGCCACCCCAAGUACAAGACGGAGCUGUGCCGCACCUUCCACACCAUCGGCUUUUGCCCCUACGGGCCCCGCUGCCACUUCAUCCACAACGCCGAGGAGCGCCGCGCCCUGGCUGGGGCCCGGGACCUCUCCGUCGACCGGCCCCGCCUCCAGCACAGCUUCAGCUUUGCUGGCUUCCCGAGUGCCGCUGCCACCGCCGCUGCCACGGGGCUGCUGGACAGCCCCACAUCCAUCACCCCACCCCCUAUCCUGAGUGCCGAUGACCUCCUGGGCUCACCCACCCUGCCUGAUGGUACCAGUAAUCCAUUCGCCUUCUCCAGCCAGGAGCUGGCGAGCCUCUUUGCCCCUAGCAUGGGGUUGCCCGGGGGUGGCUCCCCGACCACUUUCCUCUUCCGGCCCAUGUCCGAGUCCCCUCACAUGUUUGACUCCCCGCCCAGCCCUCAGGAUUCUCUGUCGGACCAGGAGGGCUACCUGAGCAGCUCCAGCAGCAGCCACAGCGGCGCCGACUCCCCCACCUUGGACACCUCCAGACGCCUGCCCAUUUUCAGCAGACUUUCCAUCUCAGAUGACUAAACAGAGUAGGGAGGGUCACCUGCCUAUGCUAUUACCCACCCACCCCCACCCCCGCCCCAAAUCAAUUCCUGAGGACUCCUAUAUAACAAGAUUAAGCUCAACCCCCUUUCCCUUGAGCCUUGGAAUGCCCCCUUCUUCCCUCCCCCAUUUCCCCCACCCCUUGUGAUCCCACCUAACAGGAGGACAAGUCAAUUUGUCAGUUUCCUCUGGCUUGAAACUCUUCCCCUCGAUUUUAUAGCCCACUUACGCCUAACAGACCAGCCCCAUAUUUGUCAGUAGAUGCCUUUUUCUGGCUUAAGCCUUAAGUGCCAAAUCGCAAAAGAAAAAGCAGUAACAGUUUACAGAAGCAACUUAGUGCCUUGUAAUCUAACUUUGUCACUGUGACUACAUUACCUCUUCAGCGCCAGAGGGCACCCGUGGGCCUCCCGGCGCCUCUGCCCGUGGCGAGGGGAGGAGACCCAGAACCAGCAGCUCCCUCCGCUGGCGACUUGACGGCACCUGCCCUCAAUAAAGCCUCCCGCCGCCCUCUCAUCCGGGUGCCUGCUCCCUACCCCCCACCUUCUCCCCACCCUCUUGGGAGAGUUGUUGCCAGACUUGGGUUUGCGGGUGAGGGAACCUGUCUUGACAUGCAAAACACCUUUUCCUUCCCCACCUGAACCCCCUUGCUGACAAAUCUUGCCUGGUUUUGUGUAGACCUGUAGGAAGGAAGGCGGGCCUGGGAAAAAAAAAGCGGCCCAAGAUAGUGAGCUAAGUGGGACUUUGUGAUUUAUUUUUGAGUUUUUGUUUCUUUAUUAAGUGGGGAGGAAGGGGAAGUUAGAUGGACUACGAGAGACUUGAUUUUGGUGCUAAAGUUCCCCAGUUUAUAUGUGACAUCGUAAACGACGUAACAACAGGACAAACGAGAGAAGAGCUGAACAAGUGAAGGGUGAGCAGUUGAUGGUAUUCAUUCCACGUCGAUCUCUGUAAGACGAUUCCCCGUAGAGGUAGCGUUCUUGGUUUUGCUCUAGAAUACCGUAGGUCUGCCCUUGAGCACACACGCCAGGCUUUUUCCCCGGGUUUUAAACUUCAUCUAACUUUUCAGAAAUUGGAGAGCAAAAAUUUUGCUUGUCACUGCACAUCAAUAUAAAAAAAAGCUUAUUUAACUUAUCAAAACGUAUUUAUUGCCAAACUAUGCUUUUUUUUGUUAAUUUUGUUCAUAUUUAUCGGGAUGACAAAUCCAUAGAAUAUAUUCUUUUAUGUUAAAUUAUGAUCUUCAUAUUAAUCUUAAAAUUUUGUGACGUGUCUUUUUUCUUUUUUUUUCCCCCCCCACAGUUUUAAUAUAUUAUUCCUCAACGACAUUUUUGUAACUUUACACUUUUUUUUGGUUAUUUUAUUUUAAAAAAAUGAAAAAUUAAUUUAAAAAAAUGCAAAAAACUGUUGGAUUAUUUAUUUUAGAAAUUCCCGCCUUUUUGUGUUGGACUGCAAAUUGAGUUUCUUUCUCCGUAGGCCUUUUCACAAGUAGGACUGAGAAUGUAUGUAAGCGUUCUGUGACAGUACAGAAGGAAAGCCGUGUCUUUUUAUGUAUAGCUUCUAAAAAGGGAAAAAAGCGAGAGAGAAACCCUUUGACUUCCACGUGCCGGUCUGAAAACAAAAACAGACAUUCCGAUCACAGAUUUGAGGCUCUGGAUUCCAGGUGUGGAGUUUUCCAAGACGAAUGGAAACAGGACUGACAGACACAUUUAAGAUGAAUGUAAUUAUGAUUCCUCGUGCUGUUCACUACCGUUGCUUUCUUGUUUCUUCUUCUUUGUGUGAAUUUAUUUAAAAGAAAAACCUUUUUGUAACGACUAUUUGCAGUUUAAAA